UUACAUUAUUUACAGCCGGCAAAAUUCUUACUCCUAAUUCUCUUUGUGUGGAAAGUGAACACCGUUUCUUUCUCCACCACUGGUUUUUCCUUCGUCCAUCACAAGAUAAAAAACAAAGGCUUCAAUUAUCACAGGCACUACUGAAUUUUUGAUCAGUAACAAUGGCUAUCACUAUCUUCUCAUGUUAUCUCUUCUCGUCUUCAUCAAAUUUUCUUCAUUCAAAAACAAGAAGAAAUUCAUUGUUCAGAGACAGGGUAAAACCCAUUUAUUCUUCAUCAACAAGUGUCGGUGAAACUCAAAAGCAAGAUAUAGUCAUUGUUGGUGCUGGAAUUGCUGGUUUAGCAACUGCCUUGUCUCUUCAUAGGCUUGGAGUUAAAUCUUUGGUGUUAGAACAAUCAGAAUCAUUAAGAACUGGUGGAACUUCACUAACACUUUUCAAGAAUGGAUGGAGAGUCUUGGAUGAUAUUGGUGUUGGAACUCAACUUAGAGAACAAUUUCUUGAGAUACAAGGGAUGGUAAUAAAAUCAGAAAAUGGGAGGGAGCUUCGCUCCUUUAGGUUCAAAGAUGAAGCUAAAGACCAGGAGGUUCGUGCUGUGGAGAGGGGAAUACUUUUGGAGACCCUUGCUAACCAGUUACGACCAAAUUCGAUACGAUUUUCCUCUAAGCUGGCAAAUAUUGAAACAGCAGGAACUUCUGAAACAUUGCUUGAACUUGUUGAUGGAACCCAAUUACAAGCAAAAAUUGUAAUUGGUUGUGACGGUAUACGGUCACCAGUGGCAAACUGGCUCGGAUUUCCAGAGCCCCAGUAUGUUGGCCACUGUGCUUUCCGCGGCCUUGGUUUCUAUCCUGAUGGACAGCCUUUUGAACCCAAGGUGAAUUACGUCUAUGGAAGGGGACUGCGUGCUGGUUAUGUUCCGGUGUCUUCCACAAAAGUUUACUGGUUUGUUUGCUUCAACAGCCCAUCUCCAGGUCCGAAGAUCACUGAUCCAGCUGUGUUGAAGAAUGAAGCUCAAAAACUAGUAAGAAAUUGGCCUUCAGAGCUACUAGAAAUAAUAGACAGAACCCCGGACGACACCAUUAUCAAAACGCCACUGGUGGAUCGUUGGUUGUGGCCCAAAGUGAGCCCUUCAGUUUCCUCUGGGGGAGUAGUUCUGGUCGGAGAUGCAUGGCAUCCAAUGACUCCAAAUCUUGGCCAAGGCGCUUGUUGCGCCCUAGAGGAUGCUGUAGUUCUGUCAGGAAAGCUCGCAACUGCUCUAGAUGCUGGUCCAGUAGCCAUUGAUGACGCACUGAAAGCAUACGAAAAGGAGAGAUGGGGGCGUAUCUUUCCUCUGACAAUACGUGCAAACCUUGUCGGAUCGCUUUUACAGUGGGAGAAUCCAAUCGUUUGUGCUGUUAGGAAUAAUAUAGUCAUUCCUAAGUUGGUGAAACUAGGUCCUCUGUUGGCUCAUACGAAUUAUAAGUGUGAACCUCUGAUGAAAACAGAGGCGAGUCAGAUUUCAAGUUAACUGUUUAAAUCUGUAAUGGAUCUUUUGAACAUUCAUAUACCACACAAAAUUCUUCCACCUAUGUCCGCAAUUCAAA